AUAAUAAAUCCAGCUGAGCCAAUCGCAGCAGGCGAAGAUGCGGAGUAAAGUUGAGGGGUUUGUUAUUUACCCUCCCCCUUGAAAGUUUAUAUGAAAAAAGGACACCAAGACAAGGCCGAUCACGUGGUCCACAACCGAAAGCAGCCAUUGGCCAAAACCACAGAGAAGGCGUUCCGACGGCGGCGGCGUGGGUUCGCUUGAGUGACACAAUUAUAACAAGUUUGAGCUGGCGACUAGGGGGAAGUUUGAGAUAUUACUAAAUAACAAUUUACCGUUUAAUCCUGCAUUGCUCGUUCUGCAUGCAUUUUGGUGUACCUGCGACUCAUUUAUGUUGAGGACAAUGUGAAAAAGGGGGUGUUCAGAGGAAAUUAUUUUCCGUCUAUUCUUUUUUUUUGCGUUUAGAUAUACGCAAAAAGGUGCUCGGCUUGCGGUGCGUAAAUAUUUUCGCUGGAGUUUUUUUUGUCUAUGAAAUCGUGCGGAGUGUCAGUGCCCGCUGUAGCUCGCGCUGCUGCUGCUGGUGAUGGUGAUGAGGAAAAGAAAAUGGCGGCGGGAAAAGCGAGUGAAACCGAGGAGGACUUUCCGAAGCUUACGCCGCAAGAAAGGGAGCGCUUAGCCAGCGUAGACAGCACACUAUUUGGAUUUCAGAGGCUUCAUGAAGAUGGCGCCAGAACGAAGGCCUUGCUGUUAAAGGCUGUUCGCUGCUAUGAUGUCUACAUCUUAAAAGCUGAAGGGAAAGUGGAGCCAGAGGUGUUUUGCCAGUUAGGUCACUUCAACCUUUUACUGGAAGAUUAUCCUAAAGCAUUAUCUGCAUACCAGAGAUACUACAGUUUACAGUCAGACUACUGGAAGAAUGCUGCCUUUUUAUAUGGCCUUGGUUUGGUUUACUUCCAUUACAAUGCUUUUCACUGGGCGAUUAAGGCAUUUCAGGAGGUGCUUUACAUUGACCCUAGUUUCUCAAGAACCAAGGAGAUCCAUCUGCGGCUUGGCCUGAUGUUUAAAGUCAACACAGACUACGAGUCAAGCCUCAAGCAUUUUCAGCUGGCAUUGAUUGACUCCACACCCUGCACUUUGUCCAAAGCUGAAAUUCAGUUCCACAUCGCUCAUGUAUAUGAAAUUCAGAAGAAAUACCGCAUCGCUAAGGAAGCUUACGAGAGUCUGUUACAAACAGAGAAUCUCCCUGUGCAGGUGAAGGCAACUACGCUCCAACAAUUAGGCUGGAUGCAUCACACGGUCGAACAGUUGGGAGAUAAAGCCAACAAGAACAGCUAUGCUAUUCAGUGUCUGCAGAAGUCCCUAGAAGCAGACCCCAAUUCGGGACAGUCUUGGUACUUCUUGGGCAGGUGCUACUCAAGUAUUGGGAAGGUCCAAGAUGCCUUCAUAUCUUACCGACAGUCUAUUGAUAAGUCUGAGGCCAGUGCAGAUACAUGGUGCUCAAUUGGUGUGUUGUAUCAGCAGCAGAACCAGCCGAUGGAUGCACUGCAGGCAUAUAUUUGUGCAGUGCAACUGGACCACAGCCAUGCGGCCGCCUGGAUGGACCUGGGCACACUCUACGAGUCCUGCAACCAGCCGCAGGAUGCCAUCAAGUGCUACAUCAAUGCCACGUGCAGCAAGUCCUGCAGUAACAUCCCAGCUCUAACCGCUCGCAUCAAAUGCCUCCAGGCUCAGUUGUGUAAUCUUCCACAAGGUAGUUUACCAAGUAAAAGUAAAAUGCUCCCUAGUAUUGAGGAGGCAUGGAGCCUACCAAUCCCAGCAGAGCUCACCUCCAGACAGGGAGCGCUCAACACAACACAACAGCAGAACACCUGCAAAGCUCAUCAGAGCAAUGAAGGCCAGUCCCAAAUCCCAGGCCAGUCUCUUCCCCCUCAUAUGGUCUCUGGCCAGACUGAUGACCAGUCCGGCCCAGCCAAAAGGAAGAGGACUGCUAGUCCAGCCAGGAAUUCACCUGAUUCCUGGGCAAAUGUUCCAGGUCAUCAUCAAGUCCCCAAUUGGAGUUUAACCCCACAGAAGCUUCAGCUUCUGGAACAGUUACGGACCAACAGGGCUAAUCUGAAGCCAGUGCAGCUGCAGAUGCUGGAACAGUUGGAAAAGCAGCUCAGUCUAAUGCAACAGAAUCAGCAGAUGAGGCUGAAUGCUAUGGGUCAGAUACGACCCAGUGUGUCCAACGGUCCUAUAGCCGACCCCUCACUGCCUAUGAACUCUAAUUCCACAUCCUCCUCUCACCAUCCACACAUUGCUCUUUCCCGCACUCCCUCCGCCCACUCACGAUGCGCUGCUCAGCCAAUAGCCAAUGGACCUGUCCCUGCAAGCCCCGCCCCAUGCAUGGCUGGAACCCUGGGUAACACAGAUACCGUCUCUGUGGGCAAUAAUCACCUCCCAGGAAUGGGGAGCAACAUAAACGUGCCUUAUUUGCGGCAAAACGCACUACCUCAUAACUGCACAACCCCCACCAGCAGCAGCAUGGAUGAUGAACCGUGGAAAAGCCAACACAUCAACUCCACUCAGGGGCUUCAGAAGAGUCCAGGUUCAUGUUCAGCAGAUCCUAAUGGCGAGCAGCCUUUCUCUUCCGCUGGGACUUCCCAGCCUACCCCGGCAGCCGGCACUGGCGUUCCAAAUCAGGUCGGACGUUCGGCCACAGCCAGCGACACGUUAGCACCGGAGGCCAGUCACAAUCACAUCCCCUCCCCUCGCUCCUCUCACUCUGCUACCUCAGGUGGACAGCAAGGCAUGGUUCACACCAAAGAGAGCAAGCCUUCAGGAAAUGGGCAUUUCGCAGGGACGCCUAACAGCACUGCCACUGCAGAAGGACUGCCUAAUCACGUCCAUCAGGGCCAGGCAGACGCUGCUGGGGCGAAACCCUGCUCACCAGGUGUACUUAGUUCAGACAAUCCUCAGCUCUCUGCCUUGUUGAUUGGAAAAGCCAAUGAUAGUAAUCAUAGUAAUUGCGGUGGAUUGACGGCUGCCGGCACAAAGGUUAACAACAUUCACCCAAGUCUGCACCCGGGGCUUAAGGUGCAGGAAAACUCGGUGGCCUCCUCCCCGUGUUCUGCCAUGUCCACAGCCACACCCUCACCCAAAUCUGCAGACCAUCACAGCACUCAGAAUAGUGUUAACAGCCCCACGCUCAAUGGCAAAGGUCUGGAGGACUCUCAGAGCCCCUUGAAGGUGGCAUCUCCGCUGGUUUGUCAUAAACCCAUGCCUCCCUCGUUUGCCCCGUGGUCCUCUGUCUCCAUCUACCCCAGCUCCAGUGACGUGCUGAAAGCAUGCAGAAACCUGGGGAAGAAUGGUGUGUCCAGUAACAGCAUCUUGCUGGACAAGUGUCCCCCUCCACGGUUACCACCUGCACCCUUCCCUCCUCUGCCAAAGGACAAGCUCAAUUCUCCCACUCCUAGUAUUUAUAACUGGGAUGGGGCGGGAAGCAGGAAGAUGUGGUGUUUUGAGAGCAGCCGGUCUCACACCACCAUCGCCAGAUACGCUCAGUACCAGGCCUCGUCUUUCCAGGAAUCGUUGCGGGAGGAAAAUGAAAAGAAAGGGCAGAAAGACCACUCAGACACAGAAUCUGCUCCAUCAGAAAAUGUGGUCCGCAGAAGAAGAGGUCCCUUUAAGCACAUCAAGUUUGGGACCAACAUUGACUUGUCAGAUGAGAAAAAGUGGAAGCUGCAGCUGGCUGAGUUGAGUAAGCUACCUGCCUUCGUGCGGGUGGUGUCUGCAGGGAAUCUGCUCAGUCAUGUGGGCCACACCAUUCUCGGCAUGAACACAGUCCAGCUCUAUAUGAAGGUCCCAGGCAGCAGGACGCCAGGUCAUCAAGAAAAUAACAACUUCUGCUCUGUGAACAUUAACAUCGGCCCUGGAGAUUGUGAAUGGUUUGCUGUUCCUGAGCCGUACUGGGGUGUCAUAAAUGACUUCUGUGAAAAGAAUAAUAUAAAUUACCUAAUGGGCUCAUGGUGGCCAAAUCUAGAGGACUUGUAUGAGGCCAGUGUUCCAGUGUAUCGCUUUAUCCAGCGACCAGGUGAUCUGGUCUGGCUCAAUACAGGCACUGUGCAUUGGGUUCAGGCUAUUGGCUGGUGCAACAACAUUGCCUGGAAUGUAGGACCACUCACUGCGCAUCAGUACAAGUUAGCUGUGGAACGCUUUGAGUGGAACAAACUCCAGUGUGUCAAAUCCAUCGUUCCCAUGAUUCACCUCUCUUGGAACAUGGCCAGGAACAUCAAAGUGUCAGACCACAAACUCUUUGAGAUGAUCAAGUAUUGUUUGUUGAGGACACUAAAGCAGUGUCAGACGUUGAGGGAGGCGCUUAUAGCUGCUGGAAAAGAGCUAGUUUGGCAUGGAAGGACCAAGGACGAACCUGCUCACUACUGCAGCAUCUGUGAGGUGGAGGUCUUUGAUCUGCUGUUUGUCACCAGUGAGAGCAACUCACGUAAGACAUACGUGGUGCACUGCCAGGGCUGUGCUCGGAGAUGCAGCCCUAACCUUGAGAACUUUGUGGUUUUAGAGCAGUACAGAAUAGAGGACCUCAUGCAAGUGUAUGACCAAUUCACAUUAGCCCCACCCCUGCCCUCCUCCUCAACUUGACGUUAACAUUAACGGUUCCUCGGAUAACACCCUGGAACGCAACACAUUUCUUUCUGAUAUUCAGGAGACCUGACCCAGUUCCACACCACUGGUUUCUGUAGCAAACCCCACAAGGCUGCUGGUUCUAAGCUGUUUGUCUAUGCAACCUUGCCAAGCAUGGAGUUUCGGCCCACUGGAGUGAAGUGGGAUCGUCUCCAUCUUCAGGACUGUUUCAGCUUGUUCAGCACCACUUCUCUUUGAAACACAAACUACAAAUAGACUAAUUGCUGAGGAAAAAUGGUUUUGUGUAUAUACCACAAAAGGCAAAAUCACUCAAAACUACUGACUCUUCCUUUUUCUUUUACUGUUGCUUUAAACCUCUUUUUUUUGUUUUCGUUUCUUUUGUCUUUUUCUGUACUUCAUGUACGAGCUAAUACAUGAUUUUCUUUGAAUCUUAUUUCCUCUUAAGUACUACCGUAGCUGGGCUUUUUUGUUCAACAUUUUCUUUAGGUAACAAAAAAUAAAUUUUGUAAUGUGAAUUUUUUUUUCCUUUUUAAAAAUGUUUUCUCUUUUUCUUAAGGUAAAAGUUAAGUUGGAGGGGGAUAGCCAAGUCACAAAGAAAAAUGGGUUGCACAUAGACUAAGGAAUAAACAUUAAUUUGUGUUUUUUGUUAUAUUUCUAAUCUUGUUGUAAAUUUACACUAUUUAUAAAUAUUUAUUGCUUGAAAAUAUUUGUUGAUAGAAUGCUGGUAUUUUUUUUUUCAGAGUUCCUGCCAUUAAAUUUUAUGGAGUAAUGUCAUUUUAAACAUUUCUCUUUUUACAUUUUCUAUACAUGAAUAAAACUGCUUAGCGAGCAUUGUACAGAAACAUGAAGAUUGUUAUGGUUUAUGGGUUACUAAUCAGAGUUGUCUUUGUAAUUAAAUGAUUCUUUUGUGAUGAAAUGCCUUGUCUCGUCCAUGAAUUAUAACACGUAUACAAUUUGAAUAGACUUUUUCUUUUUUUAUUUGCAUAAGUCUUUGUUUGUUGACUGUGCUUUGAUAACAAAGAUCUUUCACUGGAUAUAUACUGAUUACUGAUGAUGUUACACAAUCCAUUUAAUGUCAUGGUUGUCUUAAGUGCUAUUUUCUAUAUUGCCAUACUGCCAGGUUCAGAAAGUAUCUGUGACAUUUAUGCUGUCAGUAAUAGGCCGUAAAGGGAUAGUCCACCCAAAAAUGAAAAUUCUGUCAUUUACUCACUUUCUUAUUUCUUAUCACUUUCGACCUUCUUCUGUGGAACAAAAUAUAUAUUUUGAAGAAAGACCA